GAGUGUGUGUGUGUGUGUGUGUGUGUGUGUGUGUGUGUGUGUGUGUGUGUGUGUGUGUGUGUGUGUGUGUGUGUGUGUGUGUGUGUCUGUGUGUGUGUGUGUGUGUGUGUGUGUGUGUGUGUGUAGCCCAAGUCUGCAGGAGUGGCUCACAGUCAAAGCUGAGCGCUGUAAAGAAACAACACAGUCAUGCUGCUGGUCCUGCGAGCGUUCCUGUGUCUGAGCCUGGCCUCCACCCUCCUCGCCAACAAGAAGACUAGACCAAGGGGGAAAAUGGUGAAACUGUUUCUGGAUCCAUCUGUGCAGACUAACCUCUACAUCAGAUCCAUGUCCAACAUCGCCAGCAUGUCUCUGUCACCGUGGACGUACCAAGACAACAUUAAUACGUCUCGUAUUCCCACACGGAUCUCCCAGGCCGAGUGUCUGACGUCAUACUGCCUGAGCCUCCGCGGCAACGAUGAGGAUUUAACUCUGGAAGCUAAACCCAUCGUGUAUGAGGUCCUGGUCCUCCAUAGAGUCUCAAGUACAAAGUCAAAAAAGAAAACCAAAAAGAGGAAGCUCGGCUACCGCUUCACCCUGGGGACUGAAGUGAUCACGGUCGGCUGCACCUGUGUGAGACCCUCGUACGUAAACCAGAACUGAAGGAAAAGGCUUGUCCUCCAUUCAUAAGGACUAGUCAGCAAAGGGUCUUCUCCAUUAAACUGUAUUUUACAAAGCCUA